AGCUUGACGGAGUAAACACGUUCAGUGCCGCAGCGUUUAAAUUUCUCUCAUAAAGUGCUUAAAUAUCUAUUAAAAAUGCCGGAUACGCGUAGUGCUCUUAAGGGUGAGGAUAGGGAGGACCAACUGAUCCAACGCGUCAUUGAAAAAACCUUAAAAAACAAGGAUUUAAUGCAGGAAAUAUUAUCCUCCGUAACCCAAAUUGUUAAACAAGAAUUUGAGCAGCAAAUCAAGGUGUUAAGUGACAAGGUGAUUCAACUGGAACACGCUUUGGAGGUCAAGACUGAAGGGAAUGAGCAGUACUCAAGGAUUAACAAUCUUCGCAUAUUUGGCGUUCCUGAAAGUGAGGGUGAAAACACCGGCAACGUUAUAAUCAACCUUUCAACAAAAAGGAAUUAAAAGGCACCCAAUAUGUCAUAAGGGAGGACUUGACCAAGAUAAGGCAGCAGUUGUUCAAAGAAAUUAAAACCAAGUUUGAGCUAAGCGCCAGAGAUAUAUGGACCAGCAAUGGGAAGAUAUUCGCGAAAAUUAACAACAAAGUUGCAAAAUUUGUAAAUUAUAAUGAUCUGCGUAGUUUGAUAGUUUAAAGUAGGUAAUUUUUCCUUCUACCAUUAGGCAUGUUAUUGUAUGUACAUAUUUGUUGCUCUAUUGAUAAUAACCGGCCUGCAAUGAUAACAUAGCUGUACCUGUAUUGUGAAUUGUUUGUGUU